AUGUGGCUCCCCAACCUGCGUGGAAGAAGCAGUGAUGACGCAUGCAGCACGGACGUAAGUGACUGGGAACGGGAUGGGUGUGAUGAGAUACAGCCAAAUGUCAACCCCUCGUGCGAAGACAGCUCCGGGGACACGAUGAUGGAGUCCAUCAUAGCUAUGUACGACACGUUACGACUGGUGGAUCUAGACUCAGGAACUGAAUUCUCCGAAGAUCAAGACGGUGACAAUAUAGAAUCGUCCGCAAACAAGCUGGCUAAGUGCCAUUCACUUUUUCUCGCGCUUUAG